AUGGUCCGAGUGUCUGUGUUGACACAACAGCUGCAGACUUUAGCCACACCUAAAAAGACUUUUGAGAAUUGGGCAAGAACAUUCCGAUGUGUGCCUGAGCAGUACUAUACCCCAACAACCGAGGAGGAGAUCAUCAAGAUCGUCCAUUUAGCUAGAUUGACAGGAAAACGCGUCAAGGCAAUUGGCACAGGCCAUUCACCCUCAGAUUUGGCUUGCACAGACGGAUUUAUGAUCAACACUGACAAAUUAAAUCGGUUGAUUCGUGUCGAUCAACAACACAAGACUGUGACAGUUCAGGCGGGGAUGAAGCUUCAUCGACUCCAUGAUCAUUUGCAGUUGCAUGAUUUAGCUCUCAACAAUCUGGGUUCUAUAUCUGAUCAGAGCGUUGCAGGCCUCAUGUCGACUGCAAGCCAUGGAACUGGAGCAGAGUAUCCUACUCUUUGUGCAUAUGUCUUGGACCUCACAUUGGUUACAGCAAAGGGCGAAUCCAUAUACUGCUCCAAAACUGAGAACGUGGACAUUUUCAAUGCGGCGGUGUGCUCUUUAGGAUCAUUAGGGAUCAUCACCAGCAUGACAUUGCAAUGUGAACGAGCCUUUAGACUAGAGAGCCAUCAAGAGCCUGCUAAAUUGAAUGAUGUGCUCGACAAUAUGGACACGAUCAUUCAUUCUGCAGAAUAUGUGCGUUUGUGGUGGUACCCUCAUACGGAUAAAGUUGUUAUCUGGCGCGCCAACAAGACUGACAAGGAUUAUUUGAUGCCUAUCAAAAGCUGGCGUUAUUCUAAUUGGUUUGGAUAUCAUGUCUUCCAAGGACUUAUUUACAUCUGUCGAUUCAUCCCUCGAUUGCUACCUCUUGUAUCUCGAUUCAUGUUUUGGGCUCAACAAUCUCGACCUUUGAAACGCGUGGAUGAUAGUGUUCAGAUCUUUAAUUUUGACUGCCUAUUUUCUCAGUAUACGAACGAAUGGGCGAUUCCUUGGUCCAGGACUUCAGAGGCUUUGAGAGCUUUGAAUGAGUUUAUUGAGACUGGUACUGUCAGGAUUGAGCCUAGCAAACGUCAUGAAAAGACUUCUUCUUCUUCUUCUUCUUCUUCUUCUGCUGCUGCUGUUGUUGUUGGUAAUGGAAGACCCUUAAAGAUUCAUCCCCCAAUCGAGAUUCGGUUUGUGAAGAAGGAUGAUGUCUGGUUGAGCCCAGCCUAUGGAGUUGACUCUUGUUAUAUCGGACUCAUUAUGUAUCGACCUUUUGGCAAGCCGGUAUCCUAUAGACGGUUUUGGAAUGGAUUUGAAAAGAUCAUGGGAGCACUCGAGGGUCGACCCCAUUGGGCGAAGGCACAUUCAGUUCCUUACAAGGAUCUGUUGAGAGCAUAUCCGAAAAUGAAAGAGUUUAGUGAGAUCCGACAGAAACUGGAUCCAGAGGGUAUGUUCCUGAAUGACUAUCUCCAGCGACAUUUUGUUCCUUCCUCAUAA